AACGAGACCCUUUCAGAUGGGCUCAAGCUUGACCUCUGCAUGGCGAACGAGCUAUGUCAGUCACAGUGAAUUGAAAACUGUUUAAUAAAUUACUCCUGUAAUCCGCUUUACGGGGUUGUAUCCUGCAAAGGAGUGUAGAACCGUAGGAGAUUAAGGAGAGAAAGUGCCAACACAGGUGUUGCCUUCUAAUGCCAAAGAUGUAUCAGCGUGCCUUCUGGCUUCCGUUGUUCCUUGCAGUCCUCUUAGUCUCUGAAAGCACAGCCGUCCUUAAGGGGCUAUGGUCGUUCAAUCAAGACUCAUUCACGCCAGGAAACUCAUUCAGCGACAAGUCGAGGCAGAUUAAUAAAGCAAUUCUCAAUCCGGGAUCUACCGCAACAUUUGGUUCUGGAUCUGGAACAGGGGUAAAAUUAUCAUCCGGUGCCUAUAUCUCCGUGUCCAACACUGAUGGGGCAUUCAGUAGCAUGCUUGGAAGCUUUGCCGUAGUAAUGGCGAUAAAACCAACGGCACUGCAGCCGGCCACUCUGUUUGAGUUCGACAGUGAUUAUGGAUCCGGAUACGGAUCCAAAAUAGAAAUGGUUGCGGAUCCAGCAGGAUCGCUGAAAAUCUUCGCCCUGCCGCCUCUCUAUGGGGAUUUCAAUGCAAGAACUGUUCAGGGGGUUCUGAAACGUCGCAGCUGGAACUAUCUCACCAUUUCCUACGAUUACCAGACAGGAUCAAUGAAGAUUUACAGCGGGUCCGAUUUAGUCAGAGACUAUCAACUCACAGCGUUCCCAACAUCUAAUACAAAAGGGUUUCGGGUAGGAAAAGGGUUCACGACGUCUUCAACAUUUACAGGCCAAGUAGCGUGCGUGCAGGUGCACGACCAACCCAUUACGACCAGUGCCAGCCUUCAAAAGAUGUGGAAACUCUGUGGAUAUGAAGUCCCUUCGGUUCGGGAUUCUCGACCUGCAGGUUGCCUAACGCCCAUAGACCUCACCUUUGCUCUGGACGGUUCGUCUAGCAUGAAGGACGAGCUCUUCAUCAGCCAACUGGACUUCGUGCAAAACAUGGUCGCCACGUUCGCUGUCGGGCAGUCUAAAGAUCACGUUGGAUUUGUAAGCUACGGCACAGAAAUUGGCACAUCUGUGGGUCUUAACAAGUUCAAAACAACGGCGGAGGCACUUGAAGGUCUUGGAAAAAUAACCCCUCCUAAAGGGCGGACUAACACCUAUCUGGCGAUAGAAGAUAUGAUCAAGACACUGAAUAAAGGUGCACGCACUAACGUUCGCAAAAUAGCUAUCAUUUUGACGGACGGACAAUCUCAUAAUUCGAUACAAACAAACAAGGCCGCCAAAAAUCUACGUGGUUUGGGAGCUGAGCUCUACGUCAUUGGUGUUGGGGUAAAAGACACAACGGAAGUGACGAAAUUAGCGGGAGAUGCCUCCAGAGUAUUCACUACGACAGAUUUCAAGAAUGCGCUAGAUCUGAAACGUAAUAUUGGAUCUGCUGUUUGCGGGGAUAAAUGUUCCACAAAUGUGUGCAAAAACGGCGGCACGUGUCACAAGGGAGCUGGUGGUAAGGAACGCUGUGAUUGUGCCCCCGUCUUCACUGGCGACAGAUGUGAGACAAACAUAAACCAAUGCGGCCUCAACAACCCAUGUUUGAAUGGUGCAACGUGUAAGGUGGAUCUCAAGACUGCUGCCGUCGUCUGCUCUUGUCCGCCUGGGUUCAGUGGGAAAUUGUGUAAUAUUAAAGAUCCCUGCGCUAGUCUUAUCUGUGCCAAUGGUGGAAAGUGCCUAGCAAAUGGAAAGAAUGCCAUUUGCAACUGCCCGAAAGGGUUCGCCGGUGAUAGGUGCCAAACCAUAAUUUACUGUGCCUCACACCCUUGUCAAAAUGGCGGGAGCUGUCAGGAGGGCAAUGGGAAAUAUUCUUGUGUCUGCCAGCGAGGGUUUUCUGGGGUGAACUGUGAAUUGCCCAUUGACCAUUGUUUGUCAUCACCCUGUAAGAACGGUGCAAGCUGCUCCAGCGUUCCCGGUCAGUACAUUUGUGUCUGUGCCGCCGAUUUCACGGGUAAAACAUGUGAUAAGAAGAUAGACAAUUGCGCGUCCAGACCAUGUCAACAUGGCGGCGCCUGUGUGGAUGGAAUCAAUGACUUUUCUUGCAAAUGUCCAAAUGGGUUUAAAGGGAAAACGUGUAGCGAAAUCGAUGGGUGCCACUCAAACCCUUGCCAGAAUCAGGGUUUCUGUGUCGCGGUCGACAAAUUGGGAGGGUUUAAGUGUACUUGCCGUGCAGGAUUCACGGGAACCAAAUGUGAGAGCAAUAUAAACGAAUGUGCAUCGCAGCCGUGUGUCAAUAACGCUACAUGUGUGGAUGGUGUGAACUCGUUUUAUUGCCAGUGCUUCCCGGGCACCGUGGGAUCAACUUGUAGCAUAGUUACGAACGGUUGCUGGUCAAGCCCGUGUAUGAACGGCGCCACGUGUAAAGGGAGGUUUGGAGGCUACACAUGCCAAUGUCCACCAAAGUAUACCGGCAAAAAUUGCCAAACUGAGAUCAAUUUCUGCGCUUCGAACCCAUGUCAGAACGGCGCCACGUGCAUUGACGGGAAAUCCGGAUUCAGCUGCCGGUGUCUCAAACACUUCACAGGGCCUACUUGUGGGACAGCGGUGGAUUACUGCGUGUCUUCGCCAUGUCGUAAUGGAGGCACAUGUCAACGAAAACUUGGCGGCUACACAUGUAAGUGCAGUGCAUCAUUUCAGGGGAUUCACUGUGAGACUGCAGUCGACUUUUGCCGAUCUUCACCGUGUUUAAACGGUGGCAAAUGUACAAGUCAGCUGAGCGGAUACCAAUGCGUUUGUCCUGCGUUUUAUACCGGCAAACAGUGUCAGACACAGAUAAAUUUCUGCAAUUCUUCUCCAUGUUUGAAUGGAGCAACGUGUAUCAGUAUGUUGGGCGGUUACAGUUGUAAAUGCAGUCCUUUUUACACCGGUAAAAAUUGCCAGACGCAGGUAGAUUUCUGCAAGUCGUCCCCAUGUUCAAAUGGAGGUAUAUGUGUACCUCAGCUUGGUGGCUUUAAAUGUAAGUGCCCUGCUUUCUACAUGGGUAAUACAUGCGGUACUCAAAUCAAUUUUUGUCUGUCUAACCCCUGCCAGCAUGGCUCCACGUGUCAGCCUAAACUUGGAGGUUAUUCUUGUAGUUGUAACAACCAUUACACCGGUAAACAGUGCCAGACGCAGGUAGAUUUCUGCAAGUCGUCCCCAUGUUUGAACGGAGCAACAUGUAACAGUGUGUUGGGGGGUUACACUUGUAGAUGUUCUGGUUUCUUCACCGGUAAUCAUUGUCAGACGCAGAUAGAUUUCUGCAGGUCGUCCCCAUGUUUAAAUGGAGCAACUUGUAACAGUGUGUUGGGAGGUUACAGUUGUAAAUGUGGUCCUUUUUACACCGGUAAACAUUGCCAGACGCAGAUAGAUUUCUGCAAUUCCACUCCAUGUUUGAACGGAGCAACUUGUAACAGUUUGUUGGGGGGUUACACUUGUAUUUGCGGUCCUUUUUACACUGGUAAACAUUGCCAUACGCAGAUAGAUUUCUGCAAUUCUUCCCCAUGUUUGAACGGAGCAACGUGUAACAGUGUGUUGGGAGGUUACAGUUGUAAAUGCGGUCCUUUUUACAACGGUAAACAUUGCCAGACGCAGAUAGAUUUCUGCAAUUCUUCCCCAUGUUUGAAUGGAGCAACUUGUACCAGUGUGUUGGGAGGUUACAGUUGUAAAUGUGGUCUUUUUUACACCGGUAAACAUUGCCAUACGCAGAUAGAUUUCUGCAAUUCUUCCCCAUGUUUGAAUGGAGCAACUUGUACCAGUGUGUUUGGAGGUUACAGUUGUAAAUGUGGUCCUUUUUACACUGGUAAACAUUGCCAUACGCAGAUAGAUUUCUGCAAUUCUUCCCCAUGUUUGAAUGGAGCAACGUGUAACAGUAUGUUGGGAAGUUACAGUUGUAAAUGCGGUCCUUUUUACACUGGUAAACAUUGCCAGACGCAAAUAGAUUUCUGUAAUUCGUCUCCAUGUUUGAACGGAGCAUCGUGUAACAGUGUGUUGGGAGGUUACACUUGUACUUGCGGUCCUUUUUACACCGGUAAACAUUGCCAGACGCAGAUAGAUUUUUGCAAGUCGUCCCCUUGUUUGAACGGAGCAACUUGCAACAGUUUGUUGGGGGGUUACACUUGUACUUGCGGUCCGUCUUACACCGGUAUAAAUUGCAAAACGCAGAUAGAUUUCUGUAAUUCGUCUCCGUGUUUGAACGGAGCAUCGUGUAACAGUGUGUUGGGGGGUUACAGCUGUAAAUGUGGUCCUUUUUACACCGGUAAACAUUGCCAGACGCAGAUAGAUUUCUGCAAGUCGUCCCCAUGUUUGUAUGGCGCUACCUGUAAAAGUAACCUCGGUGGCUAUCAGUGUAUAUGUCCUUCGUUUUACACUGGCAAGCAAUGUGAGACCCAAAUCGAUUUCUGUCAGUCCAACCCAUGUCAGCAUGGGUCCACGUGCGCUCCGAAGCUAGGGGGCUACGUCUGCACCUGUCCGGCCACCCACACGGGAACCCACUGCCAAACCCGUGUCGACCCUUGCGCCAGUUCUCCCUGUCUUCACGGCGGUAACUGUAUCACACGACUCGAUGGAACCUUCCAGUGCACGUGCCAAAAGGUGUGGUCCGGGACCCGCUGUGAGCGAUGCCUGUGUCAGAACGGUGGUAGAUGUGACUACAGUCCCAGUGACGGUCACGUGUGUCGCUGCCAAGCUGGGUUCAUCGGGACGAAGUGUCAAACUGAUGAGAACGAAUGUGACAGCUACCCAUGCAUAAAUGGCAUAUGUAUUGACUUGGUUAACGACUAUAAAUGUGACUGUGACCCUGGCUACACAGGUAAAGACUGUAACAUCAAGUCUGGCAGUUUGAUUGGUUAAAAUAUUGUCAGUAUUAUUAACAGUUAACACUGAGAUGUACUCUUUUCUGUAUGGCGCCACUUUAAGAGAUUAUCAAUUUUGAAGCCUACCUUUUUCGUAAGAGAGCCAGUUUAACGGAACCCCGCGUUACCGGAAUAAUUUUGAUCAUGAUUGUUACAUUGUGACUUGUCAAAGGGACAAAAAAGACAAAAAAAACUUGGCAGCGUAAUUACGCAUUAAGAGCAGUCAAACUAGUGCUAUACAGAAAAGUGUACCGCUCAACGUAAAAAGGACCACAGAGACUGAGCCUACAUGCAUUUUGGUUUCGAUGAAAAUAAGUCCUUUAGUUGUAGUUCCUUAAGAGCAUUGUUUUUAUGUGUUAUAGUCAACAUUCAAUGUCUUCAUUAUAUUGGCAUUACCAGAUGGUAUUUGGUCUCAUCUAUUCGGAAUAGCUUAUUUGCGACCAUAGCUUAAAGUAACUUUGGUCUCUUGAACUUUUGUUUGUUUUACUAGAUCGAUCAAAUUGUUAGAACAAAAUUGUUGAAAUAUGUAAGGCAAUUCACUUUAAGUAAAAAAAGUAGUGUUUAUGUUGUGUAUAUACAUGGAUGUACGUGUGUGAUGCGAACGGAUGCUCCAACUGAAAGCUGCAUUGCCAUUGACUGGAUUUCAAACUGCUUUGGAUUCCAAGACUGGUCACCACGUAUUGUUUUCUGAAUGCCGGUGUAACGAAACUGAGAGUCCUUAUAACAGAAAGGUCGCCCUCCAUUUAGUUAUAAUGGUUAGGGUUAGCCUGGUUUAAGUGGGUCAAAAUAUAGGGCGAAGCUUACCUGUACAAAUGAAAGGGAAGCAGACUCUCUAUUACAGGGGACCCUUUGUCACGUAACACCGGUCAUGUAGGGAUGAGCUUAAAGACAUGCUGUUGAGUUUAAACAACUAAAUGAUUGAUUAGUGCAGUUAAGUGGAAUCCGUUUAUCGAAUAACUCAUAUUACUAAAUAAGGUUGAAAUUAGAAAAAAUUAAAAAUCUAAUUGGAAAAACUUGAAAUUAUGCCGUGUGUUGAAUUAAGGCUUAGAUGAAGAAAGGGUUUUCGUGUGCAUUUUGAAAAGAUUCUUGUAACAAAUGCGCUUGUGGUUACAUUUAUGAAAUUAAAGAUGAAUGAAUUCGAAAGCAAUGCCAGUUUUUCACUGUACUUGUUUUUAUAUUCAAUUUUUUU